AUGGCCAUGGUUGUGUCUUUGUUCGGUGAGGACUUGAUAGAAUUUGCAGAUGUGGCCGUGGAAUUUACCGAGGAGGAGUGGGCUUUGCUGGAUUUUUCUCAGAGAAAACUUUAUAGAGAUGUGAUGUUGGAAACCUUAAAUUACAUGGACUCAGCUUUGAGGUUUUUAACGUUGUAA